GUGGCCGCUCUUCCGCGCGACGCAGGUAGACAGAAGGACGACAGUCAGUCAGUCAGUCGGUCGGUGAAACGCGAGGCAAGGACGGCAGGGCGUAGGGGAAUCGGUGGGAGAGCAACGGCAGAAGGUAGUCAGCGGAAGAGGCAAAACGCAGCGAAAAGGGGUAAAAACGUUGGCACAUAAAGAGAGGGAAAAAGCGGAAGGGUGGAAAAGCGUACGAAAAGCGCAGAGAGUCAAGUAGAAAUAGUCAGAGGGAAAGAGAGAAAAAGAGAGAGAGAGAGGGAGUGGAAGAGAGACGAAGGGGAAGGAAGAGAGAGAGACAGAGAGAGAGAGAGAGAGAGAGAGAUCAUAGGUGCUGUCCUCGUAGCGGAGUCCGCAUUUGCCGCACAAAAGCACAACUUGCGCACUGUUGCGCCGCGUUACCAAGCUACUGCGCGAGCAACCGAACUGUGCCGCUCGGUCACCCCUCGGUCACCCCUCGGUCAUCCUGCUGGCAGUCGAGUGCUUUCGUGCGGAGUGUUUACGUCGUUGCGCGGGUAAACACACACGUUGUCGCGGCUCGCUCUCAGGUUACUCUACUGUGUGUUCCACGCAUUCCUACCCCUUUCUCAUUCAAUCGGCGUGGAUCAGCUGGAGCGCAUUCCGAAUUCUCUCUCUCUCUCUCUCUCUCUCUCUCUCUUUCUCUCUCUCCCUUAAACCUUGGCGCGACUCCCCUCGUCGCCGGCGGUCCUUCGCGUCCUGCGGAUGUGAGGAAGCGUCUCCCGGAGCUGAAGGCGAUCGCCGCUCGUCGCCGUCGCCGUCCUCGAGUGCGCCGAGUGCCAUGCUCCCGCGGCACGACACAGACCGUACGAUGUUCAAUUUGAAUCGCUGAACACUGCGGCUGAGUGCGUUCGCCCUCGGAUUACAGAGAGACAGCGGACCGAUGCUCGGCCGUGUCGUCUCUCGUGACACCGUCGCGUCGUAGUUCCUGAAUUCGACAUCGAUUCGUCUCGAGAGUUCGUGAGUUUCGCGUUACGGAUUUUAUCGCGUCGCCCCGGCAGUGUGUGUGCGCGCGCUCGCUCGCUCGCGAGGAAUUGGUAGAUUAGAAUCGCUGGCUCGGGGGAUCCGCUAAAUCGACGGGGUGGAGAAGUGGCGGCACCGUGACAGUGCAGUAGACUGCGACGAGGGUUGCAACGAUACGUGACUGACUUAACCCUGAGCGCGCCUGUUCGUACGUACGCUCCGGCUGGAACUCUACGUGAGUCAAACCGCGCGAGAGAACCACCACCCUCAGAGGACGAGAGACACUGCGAGAGAGAGAGAGAGAGAGAGAGAGGGGGAAAGAGAGAAAGAGAGAGGCUGAGGAGGACACUUGAUCCCGUUAUCGUUCGCGCUGGACGUCCACUGCAUCAUCGCGAAGCAGUACGUGUGCGAGUCGUAGUUGUCGUUUGCGCUUGGUGCACAAUCGCCCGGCAAAGUGACUACUCCGAAGUGCAGCGGCGAUAAGAAGAUACAGCCGCGCGACUUGAUCGUUAGCAUAAAUGACAAGUGGAGCCAAGGCAUCGAACUGAGGACGAUUUCUGACCCAUCCAACGCCAACCACAACAGCUCUGCCGAAUACGCAGACACCAGUAAGCAGGUUCUAACCACCAGUCUGACGCAUCAAUAUGCCGCAGUGAUGGACAGCGAGGGCACUUUGGGUCGCGGUCAUGCAAACGGGGGCCGUGGGCUGCGCCGUCAGCGGUCCCUGGAAUGGAGAGAACGGCGCGGUUACGGAACUAGUGCUCAAUCUAGCAGCGACGACGAGGAAAACGCGCAUCACGCAAUAGGGCCAGUGUCGAGUUCGUCCGCUACAAGAGGUGCGCGCAGUCCCGGCCAAGUGCUCGCCUCCAUCUUGGCGCAACAAUACGGCAAUGCGGGAGAUCGAUCAUACCGCACGGGAUCCGACACGGAAGGCGCAGCAACCACGGACAACCCGACGACGCCAUUUCCUACGCCGCCCCCAACCUUGACACCGAAUCAUCGGCAAGCUUCUCCGUUUCCCCUCGAAAGCACAAAUUCUCGCCGGCAUCAUUAUAACGGCAGCGUAUCUUCCGAGAGAUCUCGCAACGGCAAUGGUGAGACCGUUUACGCGUCCACAAAGAAGGCGACUUCCGCCGGCGGUACCUUAGGUCGAAGAAUACGCCGAGGUCAUGCAAGCGCUUUGAGCAGUAGCUCCACCGCGAGCGAUCGUUCCGAAACUGUCUUCCCCGAUGAACACACUCGCAUGCAUCUCAACAAUGGUCUGCUCAGGCCUAUUUACUUUACAGAUACUGGGAGGGAUUCCCCUCCGGAACCCGCGCCGCCGGAAAUACCGCCACGUGGACCGUCUUUGCACGCAACGCAUACUUCACGUACACAGCAAAAUCGCAAUGGUUGCCCACCAAACGCGACAGGAAAUUUCACUGUGCCAAGUGAUCAAAUGCCGACCGAGACCUAUUCGAGUAAGUGACAAUUCAAUUAAUAUUUAUGAACAAUAUUUAAAUACAUUACAUUAGAGUAAUGUAUUACAUAAAUACUUAAAUUACAUUAGAGUAGUCAAACAAAUUAGACUUUAGCGUAAGUGAACGAUUUUGAACUUCGAUCUUUACUCGAUCUUUACUCGCUGAAUCUUCACUCGAAGGAGAGUGUGAUAUUUGUGACUAUAAUCACACAAAGAAUGAUGAGACAGGAAGAAUGAAAGAAUUAUAAUCAGAAAAAUUAUUUUUAUGGUAAGUGUUACUGUGCAGGAUUGGAUAAAUUUAUGUUUUUUAAACUAAAAGUUUAAAGUUUAAAGCUAUAAGCUAAUGAUUUAUAAAAUUAACUUAAUUAGGUUAAAAGUUAUAUAAACAAAACAUAACCUGAUUAAAAGUUAAGUUAACAUUGAAUAAGCUUAUUAAAGUUACAAGUUAAAAUUUUAUAAUUUUAUUAAGUUUAUUAAUGUUAUAUGCCAAGCAAUAUAUCUUUUUUAUAUAAUUAACUUUUCAAUCAUAGAUUAAAUUUGUGUGGCAUAAUAAAAAUCUAGUUAUUUAUUAGAAAAUAUCGAUUGUUUUGUACUCAAUAUUUCGUACACUGAUAGGAAAAAAAUUAUCUAAAAAGUAAAAAAAAUUAUUAGCUGAAUGUUAAUAAGAGAGGAAA